AUGUCAAGCGCUAGGGGUCAAUACCGCCGUGCCUCUCUCGAGGACGACGAUCUAAUUGAUCCGGAUGAUGCGGAUCUCAACGACUUCGACGACCCUCUGGCUCCAGAGUCAUCUAGGCAGCCUUUAACAAACACCAUUACAUCUGGAGGUUCGGCAUCGGGACGGCUGGACGAGGGCUAUCUCACUUCUCGCAUUCCUGGAGAUGAUCGGAGAGCGCCUCAGAACACCAUCGAUGAAACCGUGUGGGAGACACUGCGGCGUGAUCUGCUAGCUGUGUGGGCCAAGCUCAAGGAGGUCUUAUACCCGCGAUACCUUUUUGGCGGCACUAUGUUCGACUCAGAGGGCGGUUUUCGUGGUGCAUAUUCCAACAUACGCGGCGCUGGCUUGACUGGCACAAGAGAAGAGCUCACUGGACUGGCCAGUCGGGUCAUGGAUGCCGAGGCUCUAUUGCAGAGCAACAUGAGCCCAGGCCUCAGAGACUGGGAUCUAUGGGGCCCAUUGAUCUUCUGCUUGCUACUCAGCUUAUUGCUUAGCUUUACGGCGCGAUCCGACCAGAGAGACGCUGUUUUUAGCGGCGUUUUCGCAACCAUAUGGCUUGGCGAGGCGAUUGUGACUCUUCAGAUCAAACUUUUGGGAGGCAAUAUCUCUUUUGCCCAGAGUAUUUGCAUUAUUGGGUACACGUUGUUUCCUCUGGUAAUUGCUGCCCUCUUGUCAGCUCUGAAGCUUCAUUGGAUUGCGCGGAUACCGGUCUAUGUCGUUCUUAUCGCGUGGUCCAUCGCUGCUGGCGUCAGCAUUCUUGGCGGUAGCGGGGUGGUCAAGAACCGGGUGGCCAUUGCUGUCUAUCCCCUCUUUGUGUUUUAUCUAGGGCUGGGGUGUCUAUGCUUCAUUAGCUAA